GAGCUUCCAUCGGUGACCAAUCGUGUGGUACACCACAUAGUCACCCGCGGACCGCCAGUCACGGCACGACCUCGCCGACUGGCACCGGACAAAUUAGCUUUUGCUAAGCGUGAGUUUGACAAUUUACUAGCUACUGGUAUUAUUCGUCCUUCUCACAGUCCAUGUGCCUCUCCUCUACACAUGGUGCGCAAAAAAGAUGGGGUUAGUUGGAGACCAUGCGGCGACUACCGAGCUCUAAACGUAGUUACGCGCUUUGAUAGCUACCCCAUCCCCCACAUACAUGACAUCACGGCAUCGCUCAAGGGCACGACUAUCUUUUCUAAGAUCGAUCUGGUACGAGCAUAUCAUCAGAUCCCAGUCGCUCUUGAAGAUAUCGAAAAGACCGCUAUCACGACUCCUUUCGGUUUGUUUGAGUUUCUACGAAUGCCAUUUGGAUUACGGAAUGCUGCUCAAACUUUUCAAAGGUUUAUCGAUAGCAUUGUACGAGACCUCGAUUUUGUUCACGUCUAUAUUGAUGACCUGCUAAUCGCAUCAUCAAACGUAGAUGAACAUUAUCAACAUCUUACGCUAUUAUUCCAACGCCUUUCGGAUAACGGAAUAGUAGUUAACCCAGACAAAUGCGAGUUAGGUAAACGAGAAAUAAUAUUUCUGGGUCAUGUUAUCAAGCAAGAGGGUAUUCUACCUUGUGAGGACAAAGUGCAAGCAAUAAAGGAGUACAACGUGCCGUCCUCACUCAAGGAACUGAAGGCUUUUCUCGGUUUGGUUAACUUCUACCGUCGUUUCAUCCCACACGCGGCAGAACGGUUACGACCACUAACCGACUUACUACGCGGCAACCCACGCAGAUUGGAAAUGAACGAUUCUGCACGUACUGCAUUCACUGAAAUCAAAACGGCUCUUGCGCAAGCCACUCUUCUCGCCCAUCCCGAUCCAUCAGCCACGCUUAGUAUAGCGGUUGAUGCAUCCGAUGUUGCUAUAGGAGCAGUCAUGCAACAAAACAUCUCCGGUAGUUGGCAACCUCUCGAGUUUUUCUCACGACGCCUUACUGCCACGGAGACGAGAUAUAGCGCUUUUGGUCGCGAGCUGCUAGCAGCCUACUGCGCCAUCAAACAUUUUCGGCACGCAGUAGAAGGACGUCGAUUCAUUUUAUUCACCGACCAUAAGCCCUUAACGUAUGCUUUGCAUACCAAGUCUGACCGCUACUCACCACGAGAGUGCAGACAUUUGGACUAUAUCUCUCAGUUCACGACAGACCUUCGUCACAUCCAAGGCAAGUCGAACUGUGUUGCCGAUGCUCUAUCACGAAUCCAAAUGAAUGCAGUUACCCUGCCGGUGCUCGAUCUUCCUGCUAUGGCCGCUGCCCAAGCAAACGAUCCCAGCUGUACAGAAGCACCACACUCUACGUCCCUUCAGUAUCAGGAAGUACCUCUAGCCACGACUUCUGGCACCAUUCUAUGUGAUACUUCUACCGGUCUUCCUCGACCCAUCGUACCCUCUGCUUACCGCCGUCUCGUAUUCGAUGCCCUGCAUGGAUUAUCUCACCCAGGUAUCGCAGCUACAUUACGCCUCAUCGCUGCACGAUACGUCUGGCCGGCCAUGAAUAAAGAUGUUCGUAUGUGGGCUAAGCAAUGCUUACAAUGUCAACGAUCAAAAGUGCGCAGGCACGUAGCCGCCCCCUCGGUACAUUCGCUACGCCUGAUGCUCGCUUCGAUCAUGUUCACUUAGACAUUGUAGGACCACUGCCACCAUCGCACGGGUAUGAUCACAUACUCACGUGCAUCGACCGCUUCACCAGAUGGCCCGAAGCUAUACCCAUCACGUCUAUCACGGCGGAGACAGUUGCUCACCGCUUCGUAGAACGAUGGAUAGCUCUAUAUGGUUGUCCCUCGACCGUCACGACUGACCAAGGACAACAAUUUGAGUCCGCACUAUUCUCCUCACUUACUCGGCUGCUUGGUACGGAACGAAUACGCACUACCGCCUACCAUCCAGCUUCAAACGGUUUAGUUGAAAGGUUUCACCGGCAACUUAAAAGUGCUCUUCGAGCACACGAAAACGACGACUGGUACGAAACCUUACCGCUCGUUCUUUUAGGUAUCAGAACGAGUUUAAAGGCAGAUAUCCAAUGUUCCGCCGCUGAACUUGUAUACGGCACGACAUUGCGUCUGCCCGGGGAAUUCUUCACACCACGGAGCAGACCUAAUUUCGGUAAAUCAGACUACGUCCAACGACUGUCUGCAUUUAUGCGAACGCUGCCUCCGGUGUCAACUCGAAUACAACAUCGACAGGUCGCUCUCCCUCGAGAGUUAUCUACUUGUUCACAUGUUUUCAUACGAGUAGAUUCGGUACGCAAACCUUUGCAACAACCUUACGAAGGCCCUUUUCGCGUGAUCGCUCGUCACGAAAAGACCUUCAAGGUUGAUCGACACGGCCGCGUCGAGAUCGUCAGCAUUGAUCGUCUCAAACCAGCACACGUCGAUGACAGUGCCCUAUCUGACAACCUGAGAUUCAAUGCUAGACCUAUUAAACCUAGCGGGAUCCUUAAAUCUCCUUCAGGUCCCACGCUAGAUACAUCUGAGACCUCAUUCUCACGUCCCAGUCAACAGCACGCGUCAUCUGCACCGUCUACGGACGAGACGACAGUCUCACGUCCAGAUCAGCAGACCACGCCGCCCUUGACUUCGGAUGAGAUUGCAGGCUCACACGACGCGAACGAGACUGCCGUCUCACGUUCCGGUCGCCGAGUACGGUUACCCGUACGCUUCCGCGAAUAGUCGCACAGUCAACAACCGAUACGGUGUAGGAUUAUUCCUAUACUACACGUAUGCUACACUCUUCUUUUUUUAUUUUCUUUUUGUUUCCUGAGCCCACGCCUUCGACCAUCUCCGCUUGGUUCCGUCGACUUCAGUCAACUUUGGCGAAAGCUGGCCUGAUCACCCAUGCUCUUGUCAACGCACUCAGUCGAUAUAUUGGUUUCGAAUGCUUGGCACACGCUUGGUCUCGAACUUGGUCGUUACGGUCGCUUCUGGUCUUUUGGCUCAACGUGGUUUCGUCCUACGUCUGCAGCGUUUCUGGUGCGCACCUCUACGAACGCCCUCUUCAGAUUCUGGAUACAAACCACUCUGGUGUAGCAUGCCAAUUCGAGCAAUAAAUACAACACAUCGCUCCUGGUACUGUUCUCCGAAAACGACCUUCGUUGGCAACUCGACGAUCAACGAUCGCUUUCCUGUUCGCCAAUUCUUCCGUCCUACAAUCGCUCGUCAGCCGAUCAGUCCCACGAUUCAAACCGCUAUUUAUCGAAAGUGUAAACCCUUUCUAGUGGGGGGCCCCUGUAGUGACUCACGUUUAUCACGAGAACACGACUGGUUUAAUAAAAACAAUUAUUAUUAUAACCAACUGUACCGGUGUGUGUUUUAAUGUGCUUUUGUUUAACUGUGCUAAUUAUAGCCAUUUUGUGCUUCCAUUACCUUCCAUCAUUGUUCCGCGGUUUUUGGUACUGUUCGCACGUACUCCUUUCUUCUGCUUUCGCUUGUACCAUUCCUUGGCACGAUCUCGGUAUUCGUUCAAUGCCACGAGAUCGCCAACGAAAUAAAUCUGGUUACGUUCGAUCCUCGCCUUCUGAUUUAUCUGGCACGUGUUUCUUGGUAGCGGUGUUCACAGUUAAUCUCAACUCGACUCCACGCUACAAAAUCAUGACUCGAUUGCCUCCCUAGAAACAACUACUUGGUGGAGUGAAAUUACCAACAGCUAACUAGCGCGUGAAGUGUGGCUAGUGACACGGUCACUGACAAGGUACUAUCAUAAAAUUAUGUCCCUUUGACCCAGCUCGUAAUUAGAGGAUAUCUAGAUCGAACUUCAAAAACUCCAGAACGGAUGUCGUUAUAAACCGAUGAUCAUUGUAAAUAAUAAAGGAACUAUUCGCAAAGCCGUUUUAAUUAAAAUCAACAGAAAACUAUGGGUUCAAAGAAACUGACUUAAGUGCUCAAUCAAACACUUACUCCACUUAAGGAGAAACACUACGUGUGAGUAGCACUAGUGUGAGCUCCAAAGAUACUCGAAAUAUAUUUUUGGUCCACCACAGUUACUGUAGAUUAAGACCACUCACUGAAUAUUCUAACAAAAAUUCAUAAUAUAUAUUUAACCUUCAUACUUACAUCCGCUAAGCAAACCAAGAGUGACUGCCUAUUUAUUACUUUUCUUAUAUAUUCUAGCUUUCCAUUCUGAUUCUUACUUUAUUUCUUUUAUCAACACACCAGUUUCCAUUUUACAAGUACAAGUUUCACAAGAAUACAUUUACAUAUUGCUCACGUUCUAAUUUCUUGUUUAAACAUUGUGUUCACGACUGUAGCUCCCUAAAUUGGAUAAUCGGAUCGGUAGGAACAUCUUUUUGUUUAGGUGUGGUGCAUUGAUAUAUGGAGCACUGACCUAUAUGAUCAGUUCAUUGUAGUUAACGGCAAGUUGAUGUUAGUAUCUACACAUGUGGCUUGAUGUCCACAUGUAGAUUUUAGCAUUCUAGAUUUCGACUCUGAAUUCUCUUACGUUGAUGUAGAAGACCAGAGAGUCGUACAUUAUAACGGGUUCCUGAAUAGGGUUUACCUGGGGAUCUUCCUAAGAUUAUCUGUCACCUUUUCAAAUACUUGUCAAAGGGAGGGUCUGGAAAUGGGAACUCAGCUUUUAUAGCUUUUAAAUUAUAAUCUUCGACUACAUCCAAAAGGUGCGUGUGAAGGGAUUUUUAUGCAGUUUACACUAGUAGCGUUCUUCCAAGGUUCUCCUGAUAAUUUUAUUUUACAGUACCUAGGUUUUCAUCUGCAGGCUAUUUGCCAUUAUGUCACACCCGAAUCACCUUUUGAAGAAUCUUUUGAUUCUGACGUUAGUGAAGGUGAUGAUGACUAUGCUUCGACAUAAAAUGAUAUUUUUGGCCCACUGUUUUGUCCCUGUUGAAACUUUAGAUGGAUAUUGUGUCGGUUAUAGCAUUCUCAAGCGAUGUUUUAAAGAAAAAGAUACAAAUGGACAAAAUGAAUGAGGGCUGCAUAGCUACUUUAGUUACUAUACUUUUAAUAAUUUUUCAAGAAUCUCUUGUUACUUUGGUUUUAAGGGGAAUGGAUAUAGAACUUUGCAUUCUAGGUCUGUGUUACAACAGUCGAUCACGGAGUGCUAUUCGCUGAAAACAAAUCUACCUCAUAUAAUUCCUUAGAACGGCAGUUCUUCUAAACUGUUCUACCUCAUUUAGCUUUCAAGCAGUUCAUAACUUGAAUUAAUAGGAUUCUUAAGACUCACUUAUUUUAACACAUACCUAAAAUGUGGAGAAGUUAAAUUAAUGAAGACUCAAGGUAAUGCAUGUUUUUCUAGUGUCUAAGACACGAUAAUGUCAUUUCGGGAUACUGGUGAGCUUUGCUUAAACCAACUAUGUCUACUUGGACAUGUAAGUUUUUCGUUAAGAAUUUUGUGUUUGUUAAAGAUGAUUAAACACUGCAUAAUUUAGAUGCAUGAACACAUUUGCACUGCACUGUACGUCAUAUUAAAUUUCAUGUAACUUGACGAAUGAAUACAGUCAAAGUAUUUAUAAAAAAGCUUUAUUAGGUGAUCUGAGACUUAAAACAUAUAAAGAAGGUUGCGUAAUAGUUUUUCGUGUCUUAAGUUAACCCUCGUGCUAUUGAUAGAAGAAACCAGACAAGUAGUGAAUAGGUCUUUAUUUCGAUCUUCGCGCAGUCACAGUGGAUUAUUUGUUCAGACAAACAAAGCCUCUCAACAUUCAAUAUAAGAUAAUAGGAAAUAUAACGCCUAUGCAAAAUAAGGAAGUGAAUGAAUACUUGACCUGUACUGUUUUGGCAUAUGCUUGGUUGUUUGAGGUCAACUCUUAACCAACCAACCUACGCUGUUACAUUAGCUUCCCCCUAGAAUCGACUUCCGCAGGAACGUCGGUUCGAUUAACCUAGCUGUCAGAAACACCUCAGUUCUGUUUUCUCGACCCAAGGGGAAUAUAUAAACUCGCUCACUGUUUGACUUCCAAUCAAUGACGACUAAUUCCGUCAGCAAUCAACGAUAGUCCAUGGAAGUCUCUUCAUUUGCUAGCUUGUCAUUUUAUUUUGUAGCAUGAAUUUUCAUCUCUCAUAAAUCAUUAUGCAUUUUAUAGAAUAAAUGAAAUAGAUUAAUUAAGCGAUAUAACACACAUGAACCAAACUGUAAUAAAUUAAAUAAUGAGAAUGAAUGUACUUAAUAGAAAAGCAAUUAAUUUUUCAUAAUGACAGAAACAUCUUUCAAUGAGUCGGUUUAUAUGGUAAGAUGAUAACAUGUUUAUUUCUAAUGAAAUACCAUUGGUGAAGUGUAAAUAAUAUUUUGAGUAGAAUCAAGUUAUUUAAUGUUUCGAUUAUUUAAACAUAUUUUGUCCCAUUUAUUUGACUUUAGUAACAAAGUGCAGAAUUUAUGCCUACAGAAUUAAUAGAUGGGAAUUUUAUUCCAUUAAUAUAAACUACUGUACACAAUAUACUUAAAAAUCUGUCUUAUCAAGUAAGUACUCAAAUUGUAAGUAGCUAUGACAUUAAUUGUUAUUUUCACAUAAUUUUGUUUCAGUACUAUUAUGCGAUAUAAGUAGUUAAUAAAAAUGAGUAAAUGAAGUAACAAUCCAUAGUUAAACUAAGACUAGUUUAAGAAUUAUUCGUGGUAAACAAUAGAACAUCGUUUAAUGAUAGAUAUUUAAACAGUCAAGGAAUUUCCUUGAAGAUAUUUUAUCCGUUUUUCUUUUAAAAAAACUACUUAAUGACUAGAAGAAAAUCACCAUAUUGUUUCAUAGCCAGUGAAAUAUUCUUCAUUAUUUCCUUCACAAAAGUAAAAUUCUUAAAAAAGCAACACAAUUAUCUGCCUGAAUUUUUUUCAGAUGACGAUAAUUUGUUAACAGUAGGGAAAUUGCUUUUUUUUAAUUUUUAAAGGGAAAAACAACAACAAAAUAUGCCUAGUUACAUAGCACUUGGUGUACUGUUUUCGAAAGUGUAACUAAUAUGAUAAGUGGUCAUUAAAAUGUUCAGGGGGAACUAUAACAAUUUAACUAAAUCUGUAAUAAUAAAUGUAUUACUAUCAAAAUUCACAAGCUACAUUAAUGGUAACUGUACAUUCAAUCUUUAUACUGAAUUCAUGAAAACUAGAUUUGCUUUUUAUUUGAAUAACAAUCAUAAUUGUUGGUAUCUAUACAAAGGUUGAACUUGAUACUUUGAAAUAUAUUGACCAUUGGGUAGAGAGUUAGUAAUAAAUAUAUUUUUGUUAAAUCCCAAUGAGUAAAAAAAGUCAUAUUUCUGACUUUCGUGACUUAAUGUAAGUCAUAUCUUCAGAGUAAAUAAACAACCGACAUUAAAUUAACACGUGUUUAAACGAAAAGUUAGAAACACAAUGUUUCUGUUUAUUGGAUUAUAACAAGAAUGUAUUUCAGAAAAGGGGUUUGUGGAGAUGUCAGUAAUUUAUUAGUUGAAUUCAUGAGUUGAUCAAAGCUAGACCACCAUGGAAAACCUGGAAGCACCGAACGGCCAUUUCGUCAUGGUAUGGGACUCCUCAGCAGCGUACAUCCACAGUCCUGCUCUCAGGAUUCGAUCCCACAAUCUUCGGUGAUGGUCUAGCUUGGAUUGACUGGUGAAUUCAACUGUUAAAUUACCACAGUUUCCACAAAACCCCCUUUCCGAUAAUAAUCAGCACGUGCUCACUAGUGACUGGCUUCAAGAGGUAAUUCAUGAAGUUCUAAUAAAAAGCCGUGACCAGUGAAGUUCAGCCGUGUCCGUUGUGAGAUAACAACUCACUAAAAACAAUGGUGGCCGGUGGCACAGUUUUGUGGAUCGGUUGAAGUUAGACAUUAACACAGUUAGAUGCCAGCUCAGUGGUCUAAUGGUUAAGCGUUCACACACGAGACCGCGAGGCGGGACCGUGGAUACGCACUGUUGAGGAUCCCCACAAUAGGAUGAAAUGGCCUUCCAUUGGUUCUAGGUUUUACACGAUAGUCUAGCUUACAUCGACUCAUCAAUUAAACUAUUAAAUAUAUAUUUAUUAUUUAUCAUAAUUACUAUUAUAGCAAUGAUAAACAUAGUAAAACUUAAUAAAACAAUCUACAUAUGUUCAUGAGUUCACUUAUAAAGUCGAGAUUUGAACAGAAUAGAAGUUAGUUGUAACGUUAUAAUCACUUGUAGUCAACCACCUAAUAAUUUCUGACAUUUAAAUGUAUUUUAAAGAUUCAAUGUACUAACUUUCAAAUUAUUGUUACUGAUACAUAUGGCUGCCUAAAUCCCAAAUUCUAAUGAUAAUAGAAAUACAAAGAGACAUAAAUAACGUAAAAUGAAAAUAACAAAAAAAAUAAUUGUUAUAUCCUAGUGAAGACUAAACUACGGGUAACUUCUGAGAUUUAUUAAUGGACCAAUGUUAUAUAUAUAGUAUAACUGUUCAUUAGCUAAAUCAUGUUUAUCUAUAUUCCUCUGAUUAUAAGCUUUAUUUUGACCUAUAGACUAUUAUUAUUAUAUGAUUUACUGCUCUUAAGUUAUGUUCAGUUUAUUGAUUACAGUUCCCCACGUUCACAGACAGUUUGGCUUGAUCUUGUUUAAAUGUUAUUUUCUAUUUUAUGGUGUGAUGCGGUCUGUUUGGCUGGUAUGUAAACCAAGUAGGUUGGAAAUAAAUGAUUUGCAUAGUGGUAGCUGAUGUUGGCGUUCUGGACUCAACUAUAAGUGCUAGGAGAACAAAGGAUCAAUACUGGGUCGAACAUCAUUGGUUUAGCACAAUACUAAGAUUGAAUAUGUCGUAUUUCGAUUGGCGGAUAACUAGUCGGGCUUAAAUUCGCAACAACAAUUGCAUUUAGAAUGAAAGAAAAUCUUGGUGAAAUUACAUAAUGAAAUUUAUUUAUUGAAUUAAAAUUAACGAAUUAUAUUAAUUAACCAGAAAAAAACUAAUUAAUUACACCCAUUUGGUCACUUACUACCUAACAUAUAUAUAUGAAAUUAAUGAAUUGUUUUUGUUUUGAAGACCACAUUUCGGUACAUUCUACAAGCAACACGAAUAGACCUAAUCUUUUCUAUUCAAUAUAACUAAUGAAUAAAAGUUCACAAAAUGAAGAAAAGCAUAAGAUUAGAUAAAAAAAUAAACUGCUAUUAUCUUCAGGUACUCAGAAAAGUCUGAAAUGUUUGUUUUUAAAUAAUGUCAACAUCUUAUUAAACAUAAUGACUAACAUUUCUUUCCCUAACUUCUAAUAGAUACAUAUUCUAACUGCAUAUAUUCACGUACUUAUUUGCUACUGACACUUUUAUUCUAAUGAAAGACCAUAAAGUUAGUCGAGAAUAAUAUGGUUAUAUACUCCCGCUGAUUGAAUUCAUGAGUCGAUCGAAGAUGGAUCACCAUGGGAAACCUGAAGACAUUGGACGACCAUUUCGUCCUAGUAUGAGACUCUUAAGCAAUGCUCAUCCAUGACCUCAGUCCUGGGUUCGAGUCCUAAGUGAGGAGUUCCAUACUAAGACGAAACGGCCAUCCAGUGCUUUCAGGUUUUCAGUAGCGGUCUAGCUUACAUCGACUCAUGAAUUCAGCUAUUAAAAUAUAUUUCAAACUUUUAAUAAGUACUGUAAUGUAUCAUAUUUUUUAGUUAACGAAUAAACAUGAUAAUAAAAGUUUGUAGUAUUAUUUUACAUAAAUUAACGUGAUAUGUUGAGUUUGUACAGACAGAACAAAAUAAUGAUGUACUGUUACAGUCAUUAGUUCUACAGUUUUGACGAUGAAAAACUGAUUUAUAUUAUUGAUUGAGAUCAUGAACCGAUUGAUGUUAGACCACCGUUGGAAACCUGUAAGUACUGGACAGCUGUUUCGUUCCAUCGGGAGACUCAUCAGCAGCGCGCAUCCACGAUCCCGCUUGCGGGCCACUGAGCCGGCAUCCAAUGGUGCUAGUAUCUAACAUCAACCGGUCCACGAAAUUGCGCGACCAUCUUACAUUGUACUGAGGUAGAUACCUGUCUCUACCGGAAACGGACUAGCUCCACUGGUCACAGCUUCCCACUAGAACUCCGAGAGUUCCCUCACGAAGCUAGUCAGUAUAGGGGCUGGGGAGAUUAUAAAGAGAUUGAGAUCAAGAACUUAAUAAUCUCUACAACCCCUAUACUGGUGAUUAAUAUUAAUUCUUAUCGCGGUUAUUCGAAAUGAUUUGUUUACAUAAUGAUUACAGUAUUUAUUAUUGUAAUGUCUGUAAAAGUUACAGUUUAAAAAUUAAAGAAUAUGAAGAAGUCAAACAUUAAAUUACUAUCCAUCAUUAUCGAAAAUCCCCGAUAAUAUAGACUAUGUUAUAUGUUUUAGAAGAUAUAGUGAAAAUUCCUAUUCUGACAUUUAGUGUUUCAUCAUGGC